GUCUAUACUUGAUCAGGAUUUUGUUUUUAACAGUGAUGGAGAAUACAGGCACUGAUCAAAUUGCACAGCAGCUGCUUAUGGAUGAUGUAAAGAGUGAGUUGGAUGAGGAUGAAUACGAUGGCUUUAUUGGCGGGACCGGGGAGCUGUUAGACAAGGCUCAAAGUGACAUGGUGUCAGAGGGCGUGGAAGAAGACACUGAUGAUGAGGAAGAGGAGGAGGGACUUUCAGCCCAGCCGGAGGACAAGUACGAGGAUCCCACAGGGGAUUUCUCUCCCCGGAUCCCUUCUAUCUGGGCGACCACCAACUACAUCAGUAAGUGGAAGAUGGCCCAUCGACGAGGCUACCAUGUGAACCGUCUGACCGAUGACCAUGAACGCAAAGCCGCGAUCGUGCAGCAAGAACUGGACUGCAGAACCAGCGUUUCCCUCCCGAUGGUCUGUAUGAUGGAGAAGGAGGCCCUGCAGAUUCUACAAAAUAUUAAGAAAGACUACAAGUGCAAGUUGGGCACCGACCACCAUAUGACAAAAGAGCUGCAUGAGCAUAUUGAGAGCCUGAAGUCCCAGUUAUCCUCCAAGACCGGGGAGUCUGCCCCAGAGUCUGCCCCAGAGUCAGGCCCAGUAGGAUUGCUGGGGACUUUGUUUCAGUGGGGCAGGGCACUGUCUGCCAUGCUAGGUUGGGGCAAAGCAUCAGCUGCUACAGAGGAAGAGAAUGAUCUAACCAACUAG